AUGGUGGUCAUGUGCGAAUCUCUACCCGAAACAGCAACUCGUGAACAGCUGGAGGACAUACUAGGAAAAGAUACGGUUGCAGAGUGUCUAAGUCCAAAUACCCAACACAUGAAAUUAUUCAAAUUGCGAUCACGUGCUCGACAUGUGUAUAGCGAAGCGGAUCGAGUGAACAAAUUCGAAGAAGCAUGCAAAAAUAAUGACUUGAUUGAGAUGGGAAAACUCAUGAUUGCAAGUCAUGAGAGUUGUAGCAAGGAUUAUGAAUGCAGCUGUGCUUCGAUGGACAUUCUGGUUGACGAGUGCCUUAACGCAGGCGCUCUAGGAGCACGCCUCACGGGUGCUGGAUGGGGAGGAUGUGCUGUUGCCCUCGUCGACAAUACCCAUAUGGUAGAUCUAGGCAAGAAAGUUCUGUUUCACAGUGAGCCUUCUGCAGGGAUUUCUGGGUCUUUCCUUUGA